AAUUUUUGACAAGGUCCUUUCAGAUUAUGGUCGUCUAGUUUUCUCGUUUCAGCAUGUUUGAUCGUGUUUUCAUCGAAUCCAUGAAGUCCCAGGUACUGGCGUAGUUUUCACGAUGCAGCCAAUCCAGCAGCUCUGCGUCAGGAGCACGGCUGUUCGCGACGUGGUCAAUGGAAACUGGCAGAAGAGAUCGCCAGCAGUGGAUUACAGGGCAUGAUUUUCCUGCUGCGAGCAGUCGUCUUUUCGCUGUGCUCUUGUGAAGCUCUACUAUUGUUAUCAUCAGCUACUAACACAGCCAUGACAACAUGUGGCAGCACAACUGACCACAUCGACGAAGACACGUUUGGAAGCUCCGCACCACACAAUCGAGCCCAAAGCACACAAGCACCUGCCAUCACGUACGUUACGCCGUCGUUAGCCACGCCGCUCUCCAAAACGCUCUCAAUCUUCUGCACAGCCACGGGAAAUCCGAUACCCGAGAUCCAUUUUGCCACUCGCUGCCAUGGCAACAUCAGCAUGUCCAACCUGCCGUACGGCUUCCAGAUGGAGAUUAAUUACACCUGCAGUUCCCGUGAUUUAGCGAGCACGACGUCAAAGUUGACGAUUGACUCAUCGACUGCAGCGGACAGUGGCACUUAUCUAUGUGUAGCACGUUCAGACUCGGGUCUUGUCACGAAGUCUAUUGAUGUUGCACUCUAUGUUCCCCCGGAAGUAUUCCUUGUGGAGUGCGGCGCUAUUGGCCACUUCUCUGCUGCUGACGUCCCUUGCACGGUGGACGGGAGGUGCGAGAAUGAGACGUCGUUUUCUCCCGGUCACUGCGUUCACCGGUGCUUCCAGAGCACGCGACGGCCGGGCGCGGUUAUAAGCCAUGGCUGCUGUGCCUGUGUUCCCGCUAUUAAUACUACCCUGCCUGCCAACACCUCACAGACAGUAAUGGAGUGUGGCAGUGUGUGUCGUGGAUAUGAGCAUGCCGCUGAAAAGGUGUACUGUGGAAAUGCCUCUGUGUCUCCUCGAUACCAGUUCACCACAGGUCCGCUGCUAACAGUGCAUAUGUCCGUGUCCCCAGUGGAGGCACUGUACAGACCGGGCAGCGCCAUCAACAUCUCGUGUCAGGCGAGCAUAGACGCUCCCGGCCUGACGCUCGCCAUCUUGACGGCGAAGAACUACAGGACGGACGCGGUGCGUCUCAACCGCACGCUGAUCGUGUUGCAGGUCCACUCGGCCGAGGCAGGUGACGGUGGAUUGUACAGGUGCGAAGCCAGAAGAACACUGGCUGAGGCCAGCUACCACUACAGCAAAGUGACGGAGGAACAGGAAACAAGCAUUCACGUCGCAAUCUUGCUGCAUAGCGACAUGUGGCUUGAUCACACCUCUAGCCAAGCAGUGCUGGGAGUGUUGGCAGUGCUAUGUCUACUUAUCAUCGUCGGCGCUAUCAUUACCAUUUCCAUGUACAAGAGGCAGUCCAGUCGCCGCAAACCCCUAAGUAGGUGGAGGAGGAGGAGGAGAAGGCGACGAGAUCAAGCCCGCCCGGACGAUAGCCAACCGGAGUCUGGCAGUCGUGUGUCUCAACCGUCCUCGAUGUUUCUCAACAGCACACCGCAUCGUCCGAGCUCUCUCCGCAAAUCCCAAUUUCUUAGCGGAUUUCCGGCGUCGAGGCCGGAGUCAGUGGAUAUUGCGCUGUCAACAGUAAUGGAGAACCCGAAUGCUGAUGACAUGCCACCGGAAGUAGCAGAGCGUCCAUGCCUUGACGAACAGCAACUGCAGGAAACAACUCAAAAUUUCCAGCUGCAAGAUAACAAAUCCUUGCUUUACAGAUCGAUGUACAAACAGUCCACCAGGGCCUCGACAACCAGCAGUGCGAAUUUCCAGCGAGGUGCCCACCAAAAUUUGAAGACGGGAUCUGGCAACAAGCGAAUGCUGUCAGGCUUGAUGCAGAGUCAAUCUGUGCGCACAUUGGACAACGCGCAAUUUCAAGUUCAGCUCCCAAGACAAAGCCAAGGGAUGUCCUUUGAUAUGCGCCGGGAUGUGCAUAGGGAAACGUCGCCCCUAGCCAGAAUGAGCACUGACGGAGAACGGCGGCCAUCAGGCGCCUCCAACAGAACCAAGUCUCUCGCAUCGCUGUGUGCAUCUGACAACAGCAGCAGCAGCGACUCGGAUGCAAGCAGACAGGAAAGUGACUCAUCCACUACCGUGCAAGAUAAAGAGAAAGAAAAUGACUCACCCAGUACUGUGGAUGAUGAAGAGAAAGAAAGGGACUCAACCACUACCGUCCAUUAUGACAGGAAAGAGUUACAGUUGCCACCAUCGCCACGCUUCUCAACACUGCUGGGGCCUACACCAGAUCUCACUGGCACGCGGACGAGAAGGAACACUCCUGUGAAGCGCGCGCGCAGCGUUAGCUUCAUUGGCACAUCAUCUAGCAACGGUGACAGAAAUGCGCAGCACCGGAAGCCAAUUCCUUUCACUGCUGGUCCACGCACGCCUGGCAGCCUCACUCCUAAUCUCACUCAUAUGCUGCUGUCGGAUUCGCCUCAAGUGCUUCCCACGAACGAGCAGGUGAAUACGCCGCGCACGCCACGACUUGAUCCCGGAUUCGGUAAGUCACGAGAGAGCGGCUCUAUCCGGGCGAGCCUAGCCCCGCAGGGAGAGCGUACACUUUCUAGAUCCUGCCCGACCAGUCCCCAAACAAGAACACGUUGAGCCCAUUGAGUGGCAAUGUGUAGUGUAUGGAGUUCAUGCAUGCAUGUCUGCUCAUAAAAAAUGGAUCUCGGUAAUCGUUAGUUGUCCACAUCAAAGAAUGAAGGCAAACAAACGAGCAGGACCCACCAGAAGUAAACAUACAGGCAUAACACACACACGCAAACGCACGCACGUCAACACACCCAUCUGCACACAUACACGUGCAAUCUAGCCUUCGGACCUUUGUGUUCUCUAUUUGUAAAGCGUGUGAGUUACAUGCGGUUUCCCCGACGUUGAGCACAAUUCUGACUUGAACAAAUAUGCAUGAUUCCACGGAGUAAUAGCUGUGUUCUUUGACUUCUACACUGGUCCAACGGAAAACGAAUACCGUCUAUCCGAACAAGUCUACAACAAUGUCUGCACGUUUUGAAAUGCCUUUGUGACAUUAUUUCAUCCAAUUUCUCUCACUCCACGUAGUGCCGUGGGAGCUGUUCUGAUUGUCAUGGUAACCGUCCGAAUACCAAUCCCAAUGUUCGUAUUGCAUUGUUGCCAUGGCACUUGGUCGGCGGGUUUUGACUUUGUCUUGCUGAAAGCUGGCUUCUUCUCA